CAGUUGGUUUGUUUGAUUAGGCUCUCUCUUCUCUCGCUAGCAAUCUGAUAUUGCUUGCAAAAUAAAUAAAAAGAACAAGUGAAAUUUAUUUGUAUAUAUUUUUAUAUCAAAAAACGUGAGCGUUGCAUACAUGCAACUUGUUUGGCGCGGCGCAGCUGGAGGCAAAAUAAGGGCAGCGGCGAGAGUGUAACGAGCAAUUGGGAUUUGGAGCACGCAGGCUGUUGGUGAAAUUUUGUUGUUGGAGCUGCCUCAGCCAGCGCCACCCCCUGCCUCAAGCAUAUAUACUACACAAGCACACACAUGAUGCUGUAUAUACAAUAUUAGCCCGAAUAGUGAACACACUGCAGGAAUAUUGAUGCUUUUGUAAACAAAAGAAAGAGCGCCCGCAUAACUAUUCGAGGUCAGCAAGAGCAAAUUUUUCCAACGAACUUGGGCCUCAGCUGGUGAAUGCAAAGAUCCCAGUUGCCAGUUGAACACAGCGCUUGCAAUGGCAACAAGUCGGAGCGAAUACGAGCAGCAGGAAGCUUCAGCGCAGGAAAAGGCGGCGGCAACGGCAACGGCAACGGCCAUGACGUCAACAGCCCAGCUGCUCAGGCAGCGUUUGGUAAAUGGCGGCACCGGUCACGAGUCGUUGGCGUCUGCGACGUCAAACGGCAAAACAGCUUCAGUAAUUAACACCAACGAUUACAGCUCCGGCACGUUUAUGAAACUGAAAACCUAUUUGCUGGCCUUGCGUCCUUGGUCACUGUCAGCCAGCCUGGUGCCGACGCUGCUCGGCUCCGCGCUCGCCUACCGCUCGCAAUGGUCGGCCGACUUUUCCAUGCUCACAUUUUUUCUCACCGCCUUCACUGUGGUCACCGUGCACUGUGCCGGCAAUGUGGUCAACACUUAUUUCGAUUUCAUCAAAGGCAUCGAUAAACAAAAGGCUGACGAUCGUACUCUGGUCGAUCACAUACUCACCAAGGAUGAGGUGGUUUCGCUGGGCGCUAUUCUGUACAUGGCCGGCUGCGGCGGCUUUGUGCUGCUCGCCGUGCUUAGUCCAGCUAAAAUGGAACAUUUGGCGCUGAUUUACUUUGGCGGACUAUCGUCGAGCUUUCUAUAUACUGGCGGCAUUGGUUUCAAAUACAUUGCCCUGGGCGAUCUGGUAAUCUUGAUAUUGUUUGGGCCCAUUUCGGUGCUAUUUGCGUUCAUGUCGCAAACGGGUCACGUCGACUGGACAACGAUGGGCUAUGCCAUACCGCUGGCCCUCAACACGGAGGCAAUACUGCAUAGCAAUAAUACGCGCGAUGCGGAAAGCGACGGCAAGGCGGGCAUCGUAACGCUAGCCAUACUCAUCGGACGGACUGCCUCCCAUGUGCUAUAUGCCAUGCUGCUCUUUACACCCUACUCACUGUUCUUCAUCUUUGGGCUAAAGUACUCGCUGUGGUUCCUGCUGCCGUUAAUAACGCUCCCACAGGCGUUUCAAAUCGAAAAGAGGUUCCGCAACGAGCAGACAAUGCAUGUGGUGCCCAGGCAAACGGCCAAGCUGAACUUCUUCUUUGGGAUACUCUAUAUUGUGGCCUGCUGCUGUGCCCAGCAGCUGCCGACGUUCGUUUGGCGGAAGCACUAGAUAUAGGAGAUGACGAUGUCAACGAUUUCUAAAACUGCUGCAACAUUUUUAGGGAAUUUCAUUAGUUGUAUAUGUGUUUAUUUUUUUGGUUCAUAGUGAAUGUGGUUAUGAAUAUUGUAUUUGUAUUUGUCUCAAGUUUGCUGUUGCACAAAUUUUGAAUGCUUUGCUAGUCUCCUAGUCCCUAACACUUAACUAUAAUCCUAGAACUGAACAUAUCCCCCAAGAGCUCUGUGGCCCUGGCAGCUAAAACCUGCCUGCGCUGCGGCUUGAACUCACUUUAUUUAUUUCACCUGAAAUUCAAACUCAAGCGAACCCCAUAGUUUUUAUAUAUAUAUAUAUAUAUAUUUAUAAUACGUACUCUUCCUCUCGCGCGUUGGAAUCAUGGACCAAGAUCGUUAAAGUGUCGGCGUGUGUGCAACAAUAUUAAAAUCAUCUAAUGGCUUAGAUAUAUGAAAAGUUAAUGUUACUUUAUAGAAAUGCUUAAAAUAUGCAAAUAAGUUAUGAAUCGAUGGCGCUGGCUUUGCUUUUUGUGUGACAAUUGUUAGCGUUUUUACACACCCCAAACAUAGACAUAUAUAUAUAAAUAUAUGUAUAUAUAUAUAUAUAUAUAUAUACAUCUAUAUACAUCUAUAUAUAUAUACAUAUAACAAGAUCAUGUAAGCCCAGUGUCUAGCAGCAGGCUGAAGAGUGAGAAUUUCAACACAUAAACAAAUUUCAAAUUUUUAAAACCGCAAAACAAAGCGAAAAAUAACAACAACAAAAUAUAUGUAAAUAUAUUUACCAGAGCAAAAUGCAGAUCGAAAGAUUUCGAGCAACAAAAUGUUUUCCAAGCAUAAAUCACAAAACCUAUGCAUGUAAACAAAUAGCUUUAAAUAACAAUAACAAUGAAAAAAAAGAGGGAAAAAAAAGAAAAUAGAGAACAAGAAAUAUUGUUGAAUGCGCAUUCUAAAUACAUAUUGAACAUUCAAUCUGUGGCAAUAUUUGUACGCUUAGCUGAUAAAUCGUUUUUCAUAUAUUUGUAUUUGUAUUCGUAUUUGUAUCGUACUUUUAGUGCUUAAAUUUAAUUUUGUAAUUUGUAUGCACAAUUGAAAUGCUUUUGUUGUUUGCUGAAGAACGUGUGAAAUAUCAGAGGCCAACAUGAAAUGAAAUUGAACAUUAAUGAAUCAAUGUGUAUCAA